GUUCAGUGGCCGCUCCAUGCUGCUAUCCUGUGGUUACCCUCUCCGCUCCGGAGCCUCGUGUCCCCUCCUGCUGCUCCCGCAUGAUGCUUGCGGGUAUUCGCCUGCUGCUGCGGGCUCUGCUGCUCCUGGGGUCCGCUCUCUGGGCUUCAGCUCAGUCGGACCGGGGCUGGGAUACUACUGAUCCACAAUCCCCCGACACCCCGCUACAUACCCUUGCCAGAGACUGGAAUCAAACCAAUGUGCAACUAACCUUAGUGACAGCUGGAGACAAAUACAAUAGCACAAGUGCAAUAGGGGGCAGUGGGACAGAGAAGAAGUCAUCUUAUCCAGUAGUAACUGGGAACAACAUGACACAAGUAAGAACCGGGAGCAGCAUCUCAUCAGCAAGUGUUGUAAGUGGCAGCCCAUCAGAACCAGGGUUAACUAGGACCAGAAGUGGUACUGGCAGUCUUCAUUCUGAACUGAAGAUAGCAACGGAGCCAAUCAUUGAAAGCAGCACUUCACAUGAUUCAGUGGGAAAUAGGACGAACUUCCCAUCAAAAUCACUUGCCCCAACUUGGACUGACAUUCCUUCAGAAAGCAUCACAUCUAGCACACACAUCACAUCAUAUGCAGUGACAGCAGACAACCACAACCCAACAGAACAAGAGAUAAAUAUCACACAUGACUUAACACAAUCAGUAGGGGGUCGCGUCUCACCAGAACCUUUGGUAACUAAGACACACAUACCAUCAGAAUCUGGAGCAACUGGGACCCACAACCUAUCAGAAUCUAUGGUAUUUGCUACACAUAUCCCAUCAGAACCAGGACGGACUUGGAACAAAAACCAAACCCAUACAGCAAGAAAUGUGGCAGAAUAUUUAACAGAGGAUGCUUCAACUGACCAAUAUACUUCAUCAGAAACAAACAGGAUAGAUAUUCUGACCACAGCAGGACCACAACAGCCAAACUCAAGAACAGGAGUCAUCACCACUGGAUCAGAGAGGGGUCUCACACAGACAGUGAGGGAUUCCAGCUCAGCUACUGAACUUAUCCAAAAAUCAGCCACAAAGAGACAUGCAAAUCAGCGGGUGACACACACAGAAGAGUUGUACUUUUCUUCUACCUUCAGCAGAGGAUCUGACAGAACACUGUUAUCAGUAACUAAUGUCUCUCUGGAUAUCACAGAACUCCCAGCACAACACUCUAACACAACUCAACACUCUAACACAACACAAUCUGACGUCUCAUUUCCUGGCACUGGCCCUUUUAUGACCAGGGUUUCCACAGCAGCAUCUACCAAUGAUCAUAACUUUUCAAAUUCCACUGUCCCUUUCACCAGUGUCCCAGUCACUGCUCCAAACACAAAAGACAAUUUUAAAGGAAUAGAUUUACUGACAAAUAAUACCUUUGUAGAUCUAGUAACAUCAUUUUCAUCAUCGUCAUCAUCAUCAUCAACAUCACAAUUAGAUUCAUCCUUUUCCUCUAAUUCAUCCCUAACUCAUUCUGAAUUUUCAUCUUCUAAAAUGCCAUUUAUAGCUUCCUCCGAAUUCUUUACCACAUCAUUUUCAUCUCCUGAAAAUGUUACUUUGUCCCACUCCGCUACAAGAGAAUCUUCAUCGGCUGAUGUUCUUACUCUAUCACCUAUUCCUUCAACAUUAGUUUUAUCAACAUAUUUGUCUACCUCACAGUCCCCAUCCUUCUCAGAUAUCAACACUGUAACUUCUUCAACUACUUCAUACUUCUCAUUAACUCAAGGGUCUAUAUUGCCUGAGUUGGCUUCUAGAUCUCAACUGCCAACAUCCACUUUUCCUUCUCUAGCAGAGAAAACAGAAACAAGUGUCGCUCUCAGAUCAGAGCCACCCAGUGGUACAACUGAGUCUUCUACAGAUCUAAAUAGGUCAACAACUUGGCUUAUCCCCCAAACCAUCCAACACCAUAAUCAGACCAUUAUCUCAGAGUCUACAAAUCAUUUCCUUGAUAUAACUUCUACUUCUACAAACGACACACCUUCAACAGUGAUUGAUGGUUUAUUGGAUAAAACCAUAAAACCAACAAAAGAAAUAUUGCUGGCAACUGCUACAUUUGAUAAAACGCAAACCCCAAAUGUCACUGAGAACAAACAUUUUUCUGAAACUCCUGUGCAACCGACUGAAUCUACAUUGCUGUCUACAAUAAGUUCUUCAGGUAUUUCUGUAUCACAAAUAAAUGACAGAACACAGGAUUCUCCCCAGCCAACUCUCAGGAAUACCAGGACAAGUGAAUCCUUUGUGACUACAGAUGAACCAGAACAUCAGGUUUUGACAGACAGAACAAAUAAAGUUGACCAAAAAACGUUACCACCAUGGUUGGAUAAAAUAAGGUCAACAAUUAGCACCAAAAGCAAUAAAGCAAGUUUACAAACUACAGCAACGUCUGGCACAAAAAGUGGAGUUCAUGCUACUACCUUAAAAAUGACUCUGAUAACUACAGGUCUGUCUACUACAACAGCAAAUUCAGCUAGUCUCUGCUUAUUCAACGCUUGUCAGAAUGAUGGUCUCUGUGUGAUGGAUGGGAUUAAUAAAACCUACAGGUGUGUGUGUCCACCUGGUUGGCAGGGAAAACACUGUGAAAUUGAUGUGGAUGAAUGUCUUACCAACCCCUGUCCAUCUCAGGCCUCCUGCACUAAUACUAAAGGCUCGUACAGCUGCCAGUGCCAUCUUGGAUAUGUUCAGGAGAAAGGAACUGGGUGUGUCUUAGCAAGAACUUUCCUUGGUCACAUUAAAGUACCCAGAAGCUUCUUAAACAGCAGCAAAUACUCUGAGUUGCGUGACAUUGAAGAGGAGAUAGUGCGCAUACUGAACAUGUCAUUUUCUAAAAUAAAUGGCUACUACCAGUCAACUGUGACAGAUACCAGAGAUACCAAUCACAUAAUCGUCUCAGUUAAAAGCGUUUUUUCUAUGGCUUCAAAUGUGACGGCCAGUGACAUCAUGUCCAGUUUGUACAACUACAGCAGGCUGUGCGAGACCUUCCCUGAGAUUUCCUCUGGCUGUCAACUUAUCAUGCAUCCGGAGCUGUAUUACAGGUCGGUGAGUCUGUGUAACUUGAAGAACCCUGGAUGUGAUAAGGAUACAGCAGACUGCUCAGAUCUGACAGGGAUAGCUAUGUGCCAGUGCAAACCAGGAUAUUUUAAGUACAGCAAGAUGGACCACUCUUGUCGAACCUGUGAAGACGGCUUUAAAAGAGAGAAUGGAACAUGUGUGAGAUGUCCUUUUGGCCUAGGUGGAUUCAACUGCUCAAACCCUUACCAGCUGAUCACAGUGAUCAUUGCCGCUGCAGGAGGAGGGCUUCUCCUGGUCUUGGGAAUCGCACUAACUGUAACUUGUUGCAGGAAAAACAAAAAUGACAUCAGCAAAUUGAUCUUUAAGAGUGGAGACUUCCAGAUGUCACCAUAUGCAGAGUACCCAAAGACCCAAAGAUCAUCUGAAUGGGGACGCGAGGCAAUAGAGAUGCAGGAAAAUGGAAGCACAAAAAACCUUCUCCAGAUGACUGAUGUGUAUUAUUCCCCAGGAUUACGGAAUACAGAGCUUGAAAGGAACGGGCUUUAUCCUUACACAGGGUUGCCUGGCUCACGACACUCCUGCAUCUACCCUGGACAGUACAACCCUUCAUUCAUUGGCGAAGAGAACAGGAGAAGAGACUAUUUUUAGAUGCUAUUUUACAGUACUUUUGUUUCCCUGUUGAAUAUAAAUAUCCUGCAGCGAUGAGCAGCUGUAAAACAAGCAAUUCUUCCAUAAACCGGAGCACUUUGAACUCAAUAACUAACAUUUUAUUUAUUGGAGCAGCAAAGGUCUAAAUUUCCUUCUGUUGUUUCCAAAAAUAUACCAGUGUUUUGUUACCAGGAGUGCACUGCCCUCGGACAGGUUGCAAAAACUGAUGUAUUUUAAGGUCAAACCCUUUAAAACCACUUUGAAUACCAGAAUGGACAUGAACAAUUUUGCCUCAAGUUUGUACUGGGUUUGUCCAAAUGUAAUAAGUUUCAUUUUGACUAAAGACUUAAAGCUGCCAAACAAGAACAAGCAAAUGUCGCAGCUGUAUCACUUUUAGUUUUAUUUUUGUGUAAUUCCUGUGCUGUUUUUGUUCCAGACACGGAUGUGUGAAUGUAACCAAUAAGGAAAUUAAUGUCAGCAUAGCUUAGACAUUCAUUAUGCGGGAGUGUUUUCCAUCAAUGUAGCAUAGAUUAUAAUGCUGUUUUCUCAUGGUCUGAUUCCGUGAUAACAAAAGUGCCGUCCAAUCGUCCGAAUCGCUGGGCAGCAUUUUAUAAUAAUUUAUUGUUUAUUUGUGUGCCGUUGAAGAAGCCUAAUCACAGACUGGAGUUUUAGUUUUAACAAAUCUGGAGUCUUUAAAAAACAUGGACAUAGUUUUUUUGCCUUUACCUUUAUGUAUCUAGAGCAGGGGUGACCCAACUAUAGGUCACAUGUAGGCCUCUUGCCUUCUGCACUAGUUGUUGCGCCCCCAAGGAUAAAGCGGAAUUAGGAAUGAGUGCAGUAGUUUUUGUGACCCCAGAAAAAAGAAAAAUGUGUACUUUGUAGACUUCUGUUUAGUGGACAAACAAGGUGCCCACAACUCAAGAGAGCCCUCUGGAGGAGAAAACAGCUCUUAGAGGGAACUGUGAAAUCUACCUAAAUCUGUCCCUGUUUUUUGGAAAUAUUAUUAUUUGUGUGCUUCAUAAAAGGGUCACACAACCCUAUUUUUGUCUUUCAUGAUUCAGACAGAGCAUGCAAUAUUUAACAACUUUCUAAAUGACUUUGAUUAUCAAAUUUUCUUCGUUCCAUUGGUAUCAGAAGCGUGCACGUGUCGGGAGCACUAUAUGGCAGCAGUUUUGCAAGAAUGUUAUCCUUUUUGCAAGAGCACUACUUCCUGCCACGAAGUGCUACAGACACCUACCUAGGUAUCUCUUCAACAAAGAAUAACAUGGGAACAAAGCAUAUUUGAUCAUAAAAGUAAAAUGGAAACUUUUUUAAAAUUGUAUGUUCUGUCUAACUCACUAAAGAAAUUUUUGGGCUUCUAAAAUAUUGAUUUGGGGCCCCCAUGUGUUUAAAAGUUGGUCAUCACUGCUCUAGAGUAUAGUCCCUAUAAAUGGCCUCCCAUAACCAAAAGGACUUUUAUUUAUAACAUAUACAACUGGCAAAGCCUGUCUAGGAAUUAAGUUAUAUAAUCCCCAUAAAGCAUAUGCCAGCAUUAUGCAGAUCAGAUAUCAGGUGCCUAAAACCCAGCUAUCACUAGGUGCCCGUACCUUCUGCUAUGGGACGGAUUAAUGCCAAAACAGGACCCUAUCUUGCAGCUCGUUCACCUUAUAAAUGUAGCAAUUACUUAGAUGUAGGAUUGUUAUUUUUUUUUAUAAUCCAGACAAUAUCUCUAUAAACCACACAUACUGUAAUAAUGUUUGUUAAAUGUAUAAUGUGAAGCUAGAGGGACUGGUAAUCUUAAUCCAACACAUCUGAUCUGCUAGUGAUGGGCUAAAUGUAUUUCUUUCUGCAAUAGGGUGGAAAGACCAGUUCUAUGUAGUGGAUUUCAGCCAAACAAUGGUCACUUCUGCUAAUCUACACUGCAUAACUUUAUCUAACUGCAAUUAACCACUUCACUACCCUUGUUCUUUUUGCAGGGCUCAUCUCUAAAGCUUAAUGUAUUACAGCUAAACUGCAGUGUCACUAAAACGCCAGUGAUAUUUUAUUUAUAUGGUUGCUGUGUAUUUGUAGAAUACUGCUUUUUUUAAAACAAUCAAAAGUUAUAUAUUUUAAUGUCCAGAAUAUAAAAUGUAUUUAUUUGUUGGCAGUAGUGUAAUGCACAACAAACACACACACACUGUAGCUCUUAAUAAAAAUGAAGAGAUGUAGCCAAAACACAGUAUUUGCAAGGCAUUGUCACUGCACCCAAACAGUUGUCACGCUGUGAGCAUUGUGUUAUCCGCUUCGUUGGCGCCAGGCCCAGCUUAAUGCUGCUUUUACUAUUCCUUAGCAAAGUGUCGCUGCUCCGUCAUGCUCUUCAAUGGUAUCAUUGUUAUAUUAUUUGAAAUUUCACUAAUGCAUCUGCUAAAGCAAAUGUCUGUUUUUAGAAAUGGGAUUAUUUUUCUACUUUACCCUGUGGAAUUAUGUCUGGCGUUCUAGUCAGUUUCUUAUUGAAGAUUUAAUAAAAUAUACUAAAAUGA